AUGGAUCUCUCAACAGUCAGAAAAAACCUUGAGAAGGGUAGAUUCAAGUACUUCGAGGAAUUCUUUUCAGAUGUCUAGUUGAUUUGGAGCAACUGCAAGAACUAUAAUGUGUCAGGCAGUGAUAUCUAUCGUUUAGCUGAAAACAUGGAGAGAAGAUCCAAGAAACUGAUAAGGGAUCUUAAGGAGCAACUCAAGAUUGAGAAUCCCUCAGAGUUCAAGAACGGCAAAGCCGGAGGAUCAGGGGAUUCUAGUGAGGAUGACGAGGAGAGAAAAGACUCAAAGAAAAAAGAAGUCAAUGGAGGAAGCAGAAAAGGAGGUUUGAUGGAUGAGGACGAUGACGACUUUGGCUAUGACCCCGAAAGAUAUGUGCCAUUUGAUGAGAAAGUAGAGUUUGCAGAUCUAAUGAAGAGAGCUACUAAGGAUGGCCUCACAAAUAUAGUUAACUACCUGCUUGAGAAGCAACCUGAGGCCGUUGAGGAUUAUGGCAAUGACAGACUCUAGAUCAAAGUAGACAUGAUUGAGAAGUAGGCAUUCCAGUAUUGCAAGGACGUGCUCAACCAGAACUUGAAGGAGGCACCAAAUAAGAGACAAAAGACCCAAAAAUGA